CCAUCAGGGUACCAGGCGUGUCCGUACAGCCUCUCCCUCACCAAACAGAGCCCGGGCCGGAACUGACUGCGGAACUGCUUCGUACACAAAUUAAAAUGACAGAUGUCACGGUGUUUUUGUCAUGUUCGUUGUUUUUUAUUUCAAUUUUGCGUCCAGGGAUCGGGGCAGAAGUGUCCUUGUGGAAUGUCGACAUCAACUCAUCCCAAAAUGCCGUCUUCAGGAAGACAUUGUACGCCAACACAACGAUCUUUAUGAGAUUCCAGGGGGACUUGGCUUUAUGUGAUUCCAACCUGGCCUUCAACAUCAGUUGGUACCUCCGUUCCUCUAUCUGCUACAAUGAAGUCUUUAAUACUCCAGACAACAAGGCACUGACUAUGUUUGGUCUGGAUCACAUGCUGAAGGAGGACUGGAAUGGCUUCUACAGCCAGGGAUACAUGUACUUUGACAACUGCUCAGCUAGUGAGGAAGGCAGGCCUUCCAAUCAGAGCGCUCCACAGGGGUGGCUGGAAAAGCCGGAUAUAGGUGCGGUGGCCAAGGCGUGGUUCGACAGCCCCUACCUGUUUAUAGUGAAGGUGCAGCCGCAGCAGCGUGGAGAUGCCAGCGGGGGGCGCCCUGGAGCAGAGGAGGAGGAGACUAAUGAUGUCCCGGGAAACCUGGCCUUUAUCAUGACCGUGGAGAUGAAGGGGCCUCGUGAAUACUCCUCCCCUGCAGACUGGCCUCUUAUGAUGGGUCUCUAUGGGACCGUUGCCCUGAUGGCCAACCUGAGUCUCUCCCUCAUUGACUCCUGUGUGAUGUGGUGGAUCUUCAUUAGCUUGUCCCAGACCACUCGUCUCCUGAAGCUGCGUAGGAACGUGGUGAAGCUGUCUCUGUAUCAGCAUUUCACCAACACACUCAUCUUCUCUGUUCUGGCUUCUAUUAUCUUCAUAAUCUGGACGACCAAAGUGUUUAAGCUGGUCGACUGCCAGACC